CGGAAGCAGAAGCUCGCGGCACCCCAGUACACCAAAGAUCGUGCCCUAUCGGCCCCUCUUUACUGGUUCCAGACCCGUUUUUAUCCAGAGCAGAGCAGAUGAGGGACUGUGUCCGAGACAAUGGAGUGGUCACCUGCUCAGAAGCCGGGGGACUCCAAAGAGGAGCACGGAGUCCCGGCCCAGACGGACGCGUGCGCAACUCAAGUUUCAGAAGAAGUCCUCAGGUCCUGUACUGACGAGGUACUGAGUUCUGGUUCCAUCAGUUUCCCUGGAGAACCGCACUCCUGCCCACACACCUUCGAGAGCCCACUCGAGACCGAAGCGCCGACUACAAGUUCGGAAGAACAAGACGAGCAGUCAGAACUUUCAGUCUUAGAGGAGGAUGAAAAUAAGCUGAGUGAAAAGUGGAUCAACCGCCUCAAGAACAAAGAAAUUAAUUCUGAAAGAUAUCAGUCCGACCAUAGACUCCCACCAGAAAUCCCUAAGGAAUCCGCAGAAGAACUGAGUGCCCUGCAGUCUUUUUGUACUAAAAAAGUAAACUUAAUCCACCAGAGAGAGGAUUCAAGAGCUAAGAAAAGCAACAGACCCAAAAGGCUGCAGCUCAGAUGGAUUACAGAGACCUCAGAGGUAGAUGCUUUCAAUUGUACGAUCCCUGAUGAAUUGCUGAACAGAAUCUAUUUGGAAAACACGAGAGCGACUCUGGCGUACAUAGAGGCAAUAACGCAGCACAUUUCUUCGCAGUGUCCCAGCUGUAAUAGCAAAAGAGCAGAGCUGGCUCAGUCUGACUUCCUGAGACGAAGGAAGACUUUACUGCAGUCACUGCUACUCCGAGAGAAAAUAGAUGAACACCUUCAUACCACAGACUUUCUCACCCGUGUUAGGGAAGCACAUCAGGACUUCCCCAGGCUUUCAGAUGAUCCUAGGAUCAUCUGGAAGCGACUGACUGAGAAAAUGCAGAAGGGAUGUUCUGGCUUUGGGCGGGCAUAUUCAGAGCAGGUGUAAGAAGACCUUACAAGUCCUUUAUCGCUUCUCAACUCACAAAUCCAACCAGAUGGGAAGUGCUGCCUACUAAUGAUGAUAUGUAAUGUGUCCAAUGAUGACUGUUAAUGAUUAGUGAUAACAUGUGAUGGGCACACAUGUACCUGGUGUGUAUUUGAGUAAUUACCAUUUCUUAUAGAGGAAAUGUAGAAACUAAUGUAAGAUUUUCUUCUGCUUUUUUCAGAGAGGUCUAAAUCAUUCCAUCCACUAGAGUUUUCACAGUAUGGAAGACAAUUGGAGCAAUUGCAAAACCUUUGUAAUCUAGGGAAUAUAUAUAUAUAUAUAUAUAUAUAUAUAUAUAUAUAUAUAUAUAUUGAAGUGGUUGA